AUCUCUCUUCUGGACUCUAAGAAAAAUACACUAAUUAUAUCUUUUUUGUUCUUAUUCUAUAUUGACAGGAUUGAUUAGGUAUUGGGGAGCCUUAUAUGAAACCGCACAUUGCUUCAAAUGAGUGUGAUCAAGUGAGACUUGCCAGAAUGUCCCCAGUCAAUAGCUCAUGGAUUCACCCCUCAUCGUUCCUGCUAUUGGGAAUCCCAGGACUGGAAAACAUACAGCUCUGGCUUGGUCUCCCAUUUGGUGCAGUGUAUCUGAUUGCCCUUCUGGGGAAUAUUAUCAUCCUGUUUGUGAUCCAGACUGAGCAGAGCCUCCACCAGCCCAUGUUCUAUCUAUUGGCCAUGUUGGCUAUGACUGACCUGGGCCUGUCCACUGCCACCAUUCCCAAAAUGCUGGGCAUCUUCUGGUUUGGCCUCAGCAAGAUUGCCUUUGGUGGCUGCUUAGCUCAAAUGUUCUUUAUACACAUGUUUACAGGCACUGAAGCAUUCAUGCUUGUGGCCAUGUCUUUUGACCGCUAUAUGGCCAUCUGCCACCCUCUCCGGUACAACGCAAUUCUCACCAGCAAAAGGAUUGGUAUCAUUGGUGUAGCAGGGAUUCUGACAAAUGUCGUUUUGCUUAUUCCACUAGUAUUUCUCCUUCUGAGGCUUUCAUUCUGUGGACAUUAUAUUAUCCCCCACACCUAUUGUGAACACAUGGGCAUUGCCCGUUUGGCUUGUGUCAGUAUAAGAAUCAACAUAUUAUUUGGAUUAAUUCUUAUUUCUAUGAUUCUUUUUUGUGUUAUUUUGAUUGCUAUCUCCUACGUGAAGAUUCUGCAUAUUGUUUUCAAGCUCCCUUCCUUGGAUGCCAGGCAUAAGGCUCUCAAUACUUGUGGGUCCCAUGUGUGUGUCAUUUUAGCUUUCUUCACUCCAGCAUUUUUCUCCUUUAUGACCCAUAGAUUUGGUCACAAUGUCCCCCAUUAUAUCCACAUCCUCCUGGCUAAUUUAUAUGUGAUCGUUCCGCCUUCUCUUAACCCCAUUAUUUAUGGAGUGAGAACCAAGCAGAUCCGAGAUCGGGUGGUGAUGAUCUUCCUUUCUAAAGAAAUCUGAUUCUAAGUACUUGAUUUGGAGAAAUUCUUUAAGUUUUACUCUUUAUUUCUUGUCUUCCUUCAAAAUGGGGAAUUUAAGAGCCAUCAAGUUUUUCUGGCCUAAAUGCUUUGUAUGCUAUGUUGUUAAACACAAUGUUUCCUUUCUGGCGUGCAAUAUAACAUUGAAGAUAAAUUUGCAUAGGAAAUACUUGUAUUUAGACUAAACAUAAAUAACAUUCUUAAAUAAAUAGGUGUCAUUUAUUUUUGUGAAAGGUAUUAAAAUAUUCUUUCUGUAAAAAAUAUUAAAAUCAGUAUUUGGGGAUAAAGUCUUAAUGCAACUCAUAGUCUCUUUAAACAGAAUUCAUUUCUUAUGAUUGAAGGAUGCUAUGGUGUCAAGAACUAUCCUAAUUUUAAUGGGAUAAAUAGAUAAUGCUGCAGGAGUGGGGA